AUGAAAUAUUUAAUCUUACUCAGUGUUACGAUUGCCUGCGUCACCACUCAGGAGUUUGACUGCCCAGAGAAGAAUGGCUUCUACCCCGAUCCAUACCAGUGUGACCUUUAUUACAAAUGCACUAAAGGUAAAUCAGAAGCAAGACUCUGCCCCGAUGGUUUAGUGUUCGCUGACGAAAACCCGAACAAGGAACUUUGUGACAUACCAUCCAAUGUAGAAUGCGGUGAAAGAAAGGAAUUACAGGAGCCAAAGCCAAGCAAAGGAUGUCCAAGACAGAACGGGUACUUCAGACAUCCCGAUCCACAAGCCUGUGAUAAAUUCUACUUCUGCUCGGACGGAGUCCCCAACGAGCACCCUUGCCCACCUGGACUUUUCUUCGACGAAGAAACAUCCAACUGUGAUUGGAAAGACUCAGUUCCUCGGCAGUGUGAUAAGGUUACUAAAGAUGUCCUUGAUGAUGGUUUCUCAUGCCCCGACGGUGAAGUCCAAGGGCCAAAUGGUCGCGCCCUCCCUCACCCUACCUUCCCCCACCCGGAAGACUGUCAGAAGUUUUACAUCUGCCGCAACGGAGUCCAGCCACAGAAGGGUAGCUGUCCUUCAGGAAAAGUAUACAACGAAGACACAUUUAUGUGUGACGAUCCAGCGAAGGUUCCUGGAUGUGAAAACUACUUCGAAGGCCAGCCGUUAGAGAAGAACAAAUUGCCGAAGAAGGCGUAA